GCGCUUUGGCCCGCUCGGGUCUUGGGCUCCGCGGUAGCGGCCACUGCGGGCGGAGCAUCGGGAAACACCGGAGUCUGCGCCUCCACAGACAGGACCCACCGUGUCCUCUUGAACUUUGCACAGCGCGUGACGGGGGCAGACGGCGCACCGCGGCCAGGCCUAGCGCGAGGGUCCUUGGGGAAGAGAGGAGCGGGGGUUUCCUCGGAGGCCUGAGCGGGGCGCAGCCUGCAGCCCCUCCCCAUACGGGCUGCCCCCAGCCCGCCGCUCGCGCCGCUCGGCUGGGAUCCGGCGCCUUCCCCGGCUGUCCUCGGCCUCCCGCGCGCUCCGCGGGAGGAGCCGCCGGCGGCCGUGACGCGUCAGGGAGGAAACGCUAGCGCCCCGCGGCUGUGCCGGGAAGGAGGAAGCGCAGAGCGUUCGGCUCCGCGCCCGCCGCGCCGGGAGCAGCACCGCGGGGCUGGGUUGCAUGAUGGAAUUUGAACAUUACUUCAAGAGAUUUUAUAUUUUGGAUUAGCUAAUUGGGGUUGUCCUCUGCUGACUGUUUCUUCGGACGCAUUUUUUGGUGUGCUUUUGAGGCAUUAAAUGCAAAGAGAUCAUACCAUGGACUACAAGGAAAGCUGCCCAAGUGUAAGCAUUCCCAGCUCUGAUGAACACAGAGAGAAAAAGAAGAGGUUUACUGUUUAUAAAGUUCUGGUUUCAGUGGGAAGGAGUGAAUGGUUUGUCUUCAGGAGAUAUGCAGAGUUUGAUAAACUUUACAACACUUUAAAAAAACAGUUUCCUGCUAUGGCCCUGAAGAUUCCUGCCAAGAGAAUAUUUGGUGAUAAUUUUGAUCCAGAUUUUAUUAAACAAAGACGAGCAGGACUAAAUGAAUUCAUUCAGAACCUAGUUAGGCAUCCAGAACUUUAUAACCAUCCAGAUGUCAGAGCAUUCCUUCAAAUGGAUAGUCCAAAACACCAGUCGGAUCCAUCUGAAGAUGAGGAUGAAAGAAGUUCUCAGAAGCUACACACUACCUCACAGAACAUCAACUUGGGACCAUCUGGAAAUCCUCAUGCCAAACCAACUGACUUUGAUUUCUUAAAAGUUAUUGGAAAAGGCAGCUUUGGCAAGGUUCUUCUUGCAAAACGGAAACUGGAUGGAAAAUUUUAUGCUGUCAAAGUGUUACAGAAGAAAAUAGUUCUCAACAGAAAAGAGCAAAAACAUAUUAUGGCUGAACGUAAUGUGCUCUUGAAAAACGUGAAACAUCCAUUUUUGGUUGGGUUGCAUUAUUCGUUCCAAACAGCCGAAAAGCUUUAUUUUGUUCUGGAUUUUGUUAAUGGAGGGGAGCUUUUUUUCCACUUGCAAAGAGAACGGUCCUUUCCUGAGCACAGAGCUAGGUUUUAUACUGCUGAAAUUGCUAGUGCAUUGGGUUACUUACACUCCAUCAAAAUAGUGUACAGAGACUUGAAACCAGAAAAUAUUCUUUUGGAUUCAGUGGGACAUGUUGUCUUAACAGAUUUUGGGCUUUGUAAAGAAGGAAUUGCUAUUUCUGACACCACUACCACAUUUUGUGGGACACCAGAGUACCUUGCACCUGAAGUAAUUAGAAAACAGCCCUAUGACAAUACUGUGGAUUGGUGGUGCCUUGGUGCUGUGCUGUAUGAAAUGCUGUACGGAUUGCCUCCUUUUUAUUGCCGAGAUGUUGCUGAGAUGUAUGACAAUAUCCUUCACAAACCUCUAAGUUUGAGGCCAGGAGUAAGCCUUACAGCCUGGUCCAUUCUGGAAGAACUCCUAGAAAAAGACAGGCAAAAUCGACUUGGUGCCAAGGAAGACUUUCUUGAAAUUCAGAAUCAUCCUUUUUUUGAAUCACUCAGCUGGGCUGACCUUGUACAAAAGAAGAUUCCACCACCAUUUAAUCCUAAUGUGGCUGGACCAGAUGAUAUCAGAAACUUUGACACAGCAUUUACAGAAGAAACAGUUCCAUAUUCUGUGUGUGUAUCUUCUGACUAUUCUAUAGUGAAUGCCAGUGUAUUGGAGGCAGAUGAUGCAUUUGUUGGUUUCUCUUACGCACCUCCUUCAGAAGACUUAUUUUUGUGAACAAUUUGCCAUUCAGAAACCAUGGAGCAAAAUAAGUCUAUAGAUGGGACUGAAGCUUCUAUUUGUGUGGUUAUAUUCAAAUAUGUAUAACUAGUGCCUCAUUUUUACAUGUAAUGACGAAAAUUAUGAAAAAAAUGUAUUUUCUGCUACGUGCAAGAAAAAUAGGGCAUUUUAAAAGAGCUGUUUUGAUUAAAAUUUAUAUUGUUUAGUAAGUUUAUUUUUAAACAAAAUUUAAAAGCUAUUAUUCUUAGCAUUAACCUAUUUUUAAAGAAAACUUUUUUGCAAUUGACUGUUUUUUCCCUCUAAGUUUACACUAACAUCUACCCAAGAUAGACUGUUUUUAACAGUCAAUUUCAGUUCAGCUAACAUUUAUUAAGACCUUUGUAACUCUCUACUAUGACUUUUCUUAUCACAUCAAAACUAUGCAAUUGGUACGUGGUUGUUUAAGAAGAAAUCGUAUUUUUCCAUGAUAAAUCACUGUUUGAAAUAUUUGGUUCAUGGUAUGAAUAAAAUGUAAAAGCAUAAUUAAUGCAUUGGCUGCAGGUUAACACUUGGAGUAACUUUAUUCUGCAGAUCAUUUAAGAAGUAACAAAAGGAAAUUUAUUUUUUUGAAAUACUAAUUCAACUUUGUGGAUUAUUUUUCCUCGGAAGGAAAAGAAAAAGUUUAAUGGUUAGGAAUUUUUAAGUAUUCCCAAAGAUCUGAAGGGUAAUAAAAUGUACUGCUGGAUUUUUUAAGGUGGUACCAAAAACGACUAUCUGUCUGUCAUAUAUUCAUAUUACAAAUAUAUUCUACUUAUGUUCUGUUCAUCUUUUGAAUUUUUAGUAUGCUGUGAAGUCAUUCUAAAUCUUUGUAUUUGCUUUUGCAAAUAGGUAUUUCAAAGCUCUUUUCCUAAUGGGUUAGGUAAAAUAAAAAAUUGAGCUUUCUAGAGUAUUUGCCUAAUUGGAAAUUAAAAAGUAAAAUAAUAGUCCAGGCACGAUGGCUCAUGCCUGUAGUCCCAGCACCCUAGGAGGCUGAGGCAG